CAAGCAGCUUCGACACUCAUUUGCAUGGAGGUUCUCCGCAAAAUCUGCUUUAGCAAGGUAUGCAUGAUUUACGGAUGCCAACUUGCACUCGACAAAGGAUCACCUUCUCAUUCAUUGGAUCCGCAUGCUCUGUAUGCAUCCAUAGCGGGACACGUUUUUGCAGACACUCGGUGCUCUGCAGCAAGUAUAGCUGAUGCCACUACCGUGCUACAACUCUCGAUUCCAUUUCUGCACAAAUGCGAGUCGACGUAAAACCCAAGGACAAGAUACGCUAUGUUCUCGCGCCGGAAAGGUUUGGACGUUGCUUAACGUGGGCACCACCCAGCUUGAGUACUACUUGUAUAAUAGGUUGUGCUAGGAACUAGCGCUAUCUACCUUCCACGGCCUUGAGAGAAAAUGGAAGCGUUUCAUCAGGGCGAAACCGCCCUGCUGAGAAUCUCAAGACAUCAUUCCCACCCUAACACGCGGCCUUGGGCCUGAUGGACCGCCAUAACCCUGUCCUUAGUGAUCCACACGAAGCCUAGGCUCUGCAUGCGUUCCACACCUUUUUCUUCAGAUUCGCUUUCCGUUCGUCGUUGGCACACUGGCACAAUGAAAACGCUCAGGACGAUCGCCGAUUCGUGCGAUGGUUCUGGCGUUCUCCUAGUCGUCUCGUCCGCGAUAUAAGUCGCAUCAUGAUUGUACUGCGCAGCGAUUGACGCCACCACGUCUCUCUUUGAGCUGCGCAGAUCUCAUCAAGGCAAACGGUGGCGACGAUGAUUUGGGCUCCUCCAAUCGCGGGUCGCGCAUCACGAUCGGAGAACCAGUCGCAGUCAAUGCUUAUCAGACGCUACGGUGGUGCGAAGAUAUAACGAUACCCGCACUUGACUCGAUAGAAACUGCUAACACAACUUCGCGCAGGGCGAAGGGUUACAUUCCAUAACGUCGCUCGCUCGGGGGCCCCGGCCGUUGUGCUUGUAAUCUGGGCUGUGGAAAGAUGGGGAAGCUUGACAAGGGCACUACUCGCGUGCCUCUGGUUAAGCUGUUACUCGAUCACAUCAAGCAAUCUGCAAGCCCCAACCAUCUUAUCGCGUGCGGCUUGAUCGUGCAGCCCCAGUUGCGAAGCGUGCUGCCUUGACUACGGGAUCUAACUUCUUCUUUGUGCCACUAGCUCGAAUUUUCCCUCGGUCCCUAUGCAUAUGGCCGUUAUUCCCUUAUCUUUGGUCUGCAGCCGCACCUGGUCUAGCCACCCGGUUGGCCUCGUCCUAGAUUCUCUCGCCGAGCACCGGCCAAAAAGUUCGAUGCUGGAAAGAGGCGAACAUCUAACCUCAUUGAUUGUUAGCUGACUUUGUUUUCUUUUUCUCCUUCGACCCUCCUUAUCUUGCCUGUCAGCCUUAAAAUAUAUAAGCAAGGCAUGGUACCUGUAAAUUAGAGCCCAGUUCUAGGUCUUUGUCUGGAUCGACGAGACUCUGCUGCAUACCGUCACCGCCUGUCAUGGCCUCCGGUGAAAAAGCAUAUUAUGAUGAGAAGCAUGGCUCGCCAGCCACUUCUGAAGUCGAGCCCGUCGCGGCUGGCAACAUGUCCAGCCUGAGACGUCGCUUUCCAGGCUUCAGCCUCGAGGUCCGACAAGAGGAGAGCAGCUUUGCCACCACAAAGAAUGCUUCCAAUGCCGACUUCGACCCGAUCCCGCCAUCUAAGCGCACUUGGACCUGGGGUGCAUAUGUCGCCUACUGGAUGGCCGAUGCUUGGGCCGUCUCUAAUUGGGAAGUUGCUUCUUCCAUGAUUGCUGUUGGCCUCAGCUGGAAAAUGGCAAUCGGCGCCUGUGUCUUGGGUAAUACCAUCAUGGGCCUUGUGAUUACUGUGAACGGCCGAGUUGGUGCCAUUCUUCACACGCCAUUCCCUGUUCUUGCGCGCAUGCCUUUCGGUUACUACUUCAGCUACUUCGUUGUCCUGUCCCGCUGUGUCCUCGCUAUUGUCUGGCUCGGUGUUCAAACCACAACCGGUGGUCAAUGUAUGGCCGUCCUGCUCACAGCUAUAUGGCCAAGUUUUGCCAAGAUCCCCAAUCAUAUUCCUGCCGACCAAGGUAUCACUACCUCAGGAAUGAUCGCCUUCUUACUGUACUUCCUGCUUCAGCUACCGUUCCUGUGCAUUCCGUACACCAAGGUUCAGUACUUCUUCGCCUUUAAGUCUGUAAUUGCCCCCAUCAUUUUCCUGGCCGUGUUUGGCGACACGCUCCACAAGGCUGGCGGUACCAUCAGCCACAGCACUGUCAUCAGCCAAGGCACCACUGUGAGCGGCUCAGUUCUUGCUUGGGCCUUUUUCGGAAAUUUGAACGGUGUUUUGGGAAACUACGCCACUUUAGGUCUCAACAUUGCUGAUUUCUCGAGAUAUGCAAACAAACCAAGCGCUCAGAACGUCCAGGCCUUGGUUAUCCCUGCCAUUUUCACUCUUGUCGGUCUACUUGGCAUAUUCACUGCAGCAUCUGCUCAGACUGCAUACGGCCAAGUUAUCUGGAACCCAAUCGAGAUUAUCGGUCUCUGGAUGGAGUCAGGAUCCCACAGGGGUCGUGCAGCUGCAGCAUUUGGAGCCAUUGGCUUGAUCAUUGUUACUCUCGGCAUCAACAUAUCCGCCAACUCUAUUAGCGCAGCCAACGACCUUAUGUCCUUCUGCCCGAGGUACAUCAACAUCCGCCGUGGUCAACUGCUUGCUGCUGUCAUUGGCAGCUGGGCCUUCGUUCCAUGGAAAAUUCUUGCCUCCGCUGCAAAAUUUUUGGCCUUCCUUGGCGGAUAUACCAUUUUCCUGGGUCCAAUGACCUCCAUUCUGAUAACUGAUUACUACAUCGUACGACGUGGUAACGUGUCGGUUCCCGACAUGUACAACUUCCAUGGCAUGUAUCGCUACUCGCCAAAAUUUGCUAGCAACUGGCGUGCUGUUGUGGCCUUCUUCAUUGGCUGCAUCCCUCCGCUGCCAGGCUUCGUGGAUAAUAUUGUCAGGGCUGGUGGUAGCAAGACCAGCGUUUCUUUGGGCGGCCAGCAUCUUUUCAACAUUGGCUACAUCUACUCAUUUGUUGCCGCCGGUGUCUUCUAUUGGAUUUUCAACCGAUUCUUUCCCCACACCGAGUCCAUGAUGGACCACCCAGAGACUGGUGAGGAUAUCAUCGCUGCCCACGAUGCUAAAGUGGUAGAGGAGCGCCGCGCAAGUCGAGCAGAGCGUCGCCCGAGUAUCAUAGCUCGCGCUUUUGAAGUUUAGAGUAUUUUAGCAUGUUGCAAUUUCGAGAUACACGGUCUUUUUAAAGGAACUUGAAAAGGCAGACCAACUUGAGAGAUAGAUAGUAUUAACGACCAUCAUUGGGGGAGGCCGGCACCUCUGUGAUACCAUGUGCAAAGAAAUUUGAAACCCU